AUGAAUUACUUAAAAAGGGUAACAAAUGAAAAUACAACCAAUAAUUAUAAUAAUAAUAAUAAUAAUAAUUAUAAUACAAAUAAUGCAUCAUAUAAUAAUGCUCCUAAAAACUCUGAUUUUUCAAACUUUGAUCAGAAUAAAAAUCUAACAAGUGUAAGUAAUAAUAUAUAUGGAGCCAGACAUACCGAUAUAGACAACACUUACAAUUUUUAUAAUAAUAAUAAUAAUAAUAAUAAUAACAAUGAAGAACAGACAAAUAUUUUUAAUAAUAAUUUAAGUAGUAGUAACGAUAAAUAUUAUUUAACAGAUAGACACAAUUAUGCAAGAGAUAAAAAAAACCAUUCAAGAAAUAGAAAAAAUAAUAGACGAUAUAAAAAAAAUAACCAUGCUAGAGUAGAUCAAGAGAACAACAAUAAUAAUAAUAAUUAUUAUUAUAAUUAUAAUAAUUAUAAUAAUUAUAAUUAUAAUUGUGUAGUAAAUUCUAUGAGCAAAAAUAAUUUUGACAUGCAACAAAAUAAUGUAAAUACUAUGGAUUGUUUUUUUAAAAAAGAAAAUACUUGUAGCAUGAAUAAUGUAAUGACUAAAAACGGAGAAUCAUCCUUAUAUAAAAAUAAAGAGAUUAAUAUGUUACAAGACGAAUCUUAUAAUAAAAGAUUUUUUAAAAAUGAUAAAAAAAAUUUUAUUAAUCCUGAUAAUAAUAAUAAUAAUAAUAUUAAUAAUAAUAUUAAUAAUAAUAAUAAUAAUAAUAAUAAUAUUUUUAGGAAUCCUUAUGUGGAAGAAAAUAAUAUGAUCACACAUAAAUACGAUUUAUCAUCUGAUCAACGUAAAAAUAAUAGAAAUAAAAAUACAACAUAUAUAAAUAAAAAUAAUGCAUUUGAAGAUAAUGAAAUGAAAAAUUCUCUUCAAAAAAAAAACUAUAAUGAAACGAUACAAAUAGAAAGUUUUGAAGGUAGAAAAAAAAAUUAUAAAAAUAAAAGAGAUGAUAUAAAAAAUAUGACGGUACCUGAUCCUACAUUUAAUUAUAUAGAAAGAGAACACACAAAUGAUAACAACAAUAAUAAUAAUAAUUAUAAUUAUAAUAAUUAUAAUAAUAAUUAUAAUAAUAAUUAUAAUAAUAAUUAUAAUAAUAAUUAUAAUAAUAAUAAUUUUUUAUUUAAUCAUAAUGCUUAUAAAUGUAGUGAUGUUUACAAUAUAGAAGAUGAGAAAAAUAAUAUUAUUAAUAAUGAUCAUAAUUAUUUCCUAAAUAAUUAUGAAGAAAAAGACAAGGGAAAAAAAAAUGAUAAUAUAAAUCCCACUCUUCCUUAUAAUAAUAUAUGUACUUCUGAUGAAAAAAAUGAAAUGGAUAUAAACACUAAAAAUCACACAUAUGAAUACACUGAAUAUACAAAUAAAUCUAAUAAUGUGAUAGAUAAUGUAUGUAUGAGUUACUUUAAAAGUAAGAAAGAUAAUGAUAAUAAUAUAUUAGAACCAACGGAAUAUUAUAGAGGGAAAUUUUUUAAUACAUCGAAUAAUAAAGAAACUGAAAGUAAUAAUAAUAAUGAAAAAAAACAUAUCACUAUCUUUGAAGAGAAUAAUAAAAUUAUUAUUGAUAUGAUAAAUAAUAAAAAUAAAAAUAAUUUUUUAAAUAUGAAUGAAAGACCUAAUGAAUUAAAUUCCAAUCAUAAUUAUAAUGAUAUCUAUGUUGAUGAAGAUAUUAAUAUUAAUGGUGAUAAAAAUAAUAAUAUAUUUUUUAAUCAGCAUUCUAAUUUGAUGGUUGACCAUUUUAAUAAUAUACAUAAUGAGGAUUAUUAUAAAAAUAUAAAAAUGUAUAACAAUCAUAUGGAAAAUAAUAAAAGAGGAAAAGAUAAUUAUGAUGAUAUUCAAGAAAAUGAAUAUAAUGAUUUAAGUUUAAACAAUAAUGAUAUGGAUUAUAUAUGUAAUGUCAGAAUGAGAAAAGAGAAAGAUAGUCAAAUUAUGUAUGACAUAAAGAAUUAUGACAUUUUCUCAGUCUUAUCUAAUACAGACAUGAUUAAUAAUGAUAGUAUUAUUAGUAAUAGUAUUAGUAGUAGUAGUAGUAGUUGUAGUAUUAGUAGUAGUAGUAGUUGUAGAAUACGUAAUAGCAGCAGUAGUAGUAGUGGCAGACGUAAUAGCAGCAGUAGUAAUAAUAAUAAUUAUUAUAAAGAUAAAUAUAAUCCACAUGUUUACCACAAUAGUGAUAUAAAUAGCUAUAUAAAUUAUAACGCAGAAAAUAAAAACCCUUUACUGAUCUAUCAUAAGGAAUGGAAUCAAUUUUUAGAAGAUGAAAAAAAAAAUAUAAUAAAUAUACAGAGUAUUAAAAAACAUGAAAAAGAUAAAUAUAAAAUAAAGUCACAUGAUAUGAAUAUUUUAGGAGAUUUAAUAAAUAAAAAAUUUAGAAAUCGAGAUAUUAAGAAAAAGAAUACAAAAUAUUUUAAAAAAUUUUUAAAAAAAUAUUUAUAUGAUAAUGUGAACUCAAAAACACACCCUUUAAAUUAUAUUAUUAUUAAUAAUAUGAAUUAUUUACAAAAUAAAGAUACAAAUAAUGAUGUUCAUCAUAUAACACAGAAGGAAACAAUAGAAGAAAUAUAUGACUUAAUAAAUAAUGAUGAUGAUCAUUACAAAGGUAUAUUUCAAAAAAAGAAUAAUACAGAUGAUUUGGAUAUGAAUAAAAAACAAUCCAACAAUAUUUCAAACAAACUUAAUGAUGAGAAUCAUACAAAUAAACAUUUAAAUGAGGAACAUAUAAAUAAUACGAAUAAUUUAGAGGUAUCAAAAAAAGAAAAAAAUGAUCUAUUACAUAAAGAAUAUACAAUAUAUAUAGACAAUAUAUGUUAUUACGAAGAAAAUAAUAAAAUUGAUAAUACUAAUAAUAAAAAAGAUUCAAAUGAAAUAGAAAAAAAAAAGGAUCAUAAGAAGAUACAAGUUAAUCAUAUACUAUUAAAUGAAAAAAAAACAUCUUCUAUAAUAUAUAACAAAGAUAUGAUAAAUAUAAACAAAAAAUAUAUAUUUAAUAAUAUUAAAUAUUAUCCAAUAAAUAAUUGUUCAAAUGAAUAUGACAAUAAAGAACUUGAUUUUAAUUAUUACAAAUGGAAUUUAUAUCAUAUAAAUUAUCCUCACCAUUUAGAUUUUAAGAAGGCUUACUUUUUUAUUUUUAAAAAUGAUAUAUAUAUUUAUGGAGCUAGGAAUAAAAAAUUUAUAGUACCUGAUGAAUUAUAUAAACUAAACAAUAAUAAUAUAGAAAUUAUAUAUACUAAAGGCAUAAUACCACAAAUAUAUUAUAAAAUAUAUUUUUUGGUUGAUACUGAAAAUUUUGAUAAAAAAAAUAAUUAUUCUAAUGAUAUAUUUUAUAAUUAUAAUGAACAUAGUAAUAAAUUGUCUGAUCAUUAUUGUUCUAUAUCACAUUGUGAUCAUCCAAUAUUUUCUUUUUAUUAUCCUGAAUUUAUAUUAAGAAACGAUAAAUUAAUAUUUUCUAAUCCUAGCUUUUAUCAUAAGGAUAAUGAACUUUUUACUAAGACUAUCUUCAUACCUUCAGUCUAUCCUGAAGAAAAAAAUUGGAUUCAUAUAGAAAAGAAUGAAAGAAAUGGAUCUGAAUAUCAUAGAUUUAAUAACACACAAGGAUAUACAACAAAUAUUGAUAAUAAUAAUAAUAAUAAUACACAUUUAAAUGAUUUAUUAUAUAAUAAAAGAAAUUUCAAAUAUACUUUUAAUCAAAAUAGAGAAGAAGAAAAAAAAAAAAAAAAAAAUACUCAAUAUUUUUAUAUUUUGGGAUGCAAAGAAUUUAAAGUAAUCGAUUUUUUUACCAUAUAUAAAUUAGAUAUGAUUACAUUUCAAUGGCAUAAAAUUAAUAUCACUUAUAAUAAAUUAUUAAAUGUAAAAAGAGAAGAUUUCUCAAUAAUAUUAAAUAAUAAUUAUAUAUAUCUAUAUGGAGGAGUAGUACAAACAAACCAAAAAAAAAAAUGGAAAGUCACUGAUGAAUUAUGGAUUUGUAAUUUGAAAAAAAGAACAUGGGAACUUAUAUCAUUCAAAGAUAAAGAAAUAAAAACAAAACAAAAACAAAAUUAUCAAUAUAUAUAUGAUAUUUAUCCUAAUAAAUUAAAACAAAAUAAUAUAUUAAACAUAGAAAGGAUAGAAAAUAAAAAUAUAGAUAUUCUAAAAAAUAAUAACAAAAAAAAUGAUGAUAUAUAUAUUACUAAUCAUAUUGAAAAACAUCCAGGAGCUCGAGCUGGUCACUUGAGUUUUUUUUAUAAAAAUAAAUUAUUUAUACAUGGAGGAACUAAUUUAAAAGAUGAAAAAGAUGAUUUAUUCUUUUAUGAUACAAAAAAUAGAAUAUGGUAUGAACUUAUAUGUGAUGAAUAUAAUCACAUGAAACCUUCAAAAAGACAUAGUCAUACUGGAAUAUUUGUAAAUAAUAAAUUAUAUAUAUAUGGAGGAUUUCAAAAAUAUGAAAAUUAUCAUAUCCUAACUAAUGAUUUAUACUUAUAUGACAUUGAAAAAAAUAUAUGGACUCAAAUAUUUACAAUGGAUGAUUUGUAUUAUCUAAAAACAGAAUUAAUCAAUAAACAAAAACAUGUUCUACUAUAUUUGCAAUUACUAGUUUUAAAAAAUAUGUAUCGUAAUUAUUUAGUACAACUAUUGAAUGCUAAUAAUUCUCAAAAAAAUUAUAUUAAACUUGAUGAAUAUAAUAAUACAUCAAACCAAGACACAUUAAUAAGUUCUCAAAAUGUAGUAGAAUAUAUAAAAGAAAUAAAUGAAACAAAAAAAAAAAAUGAUAUUUACAAAUCAGAUAUUAUUCAUAUAAAUAAUUUUGAAAAUAUAUCAGAUGAUUCAAACAUAUUUAAUGAUAAGAAAAAUUAUUCUCAAAAUUGUUAUAAUAAUAAUAAUAAUAAUAAUAAUAAUAAUAAUAAUAAUACAUUUAACAAUAAAACUAAUAACAAUAAUUUUGUUUUAAAUGAAUUUAUUAAUUUGGAUGAAAUAAAUAAAAAUGUAAAUAAAACAUAUAAUUUUAAUUUAGAUAAUAACAAAAUAAAAAAACAAAAAAAACAAAAACAAAAAGAACAACAAAAACUACAACAAAAAGAACAACAAAUAUAUUUUCAUCAUAAUUUUUUUUAUUUAAAUAAUUCAAAAAAUAUUAUUAUACCAUAUAAUAAUUUUCGAAAUAAAUGUUUUUAUUUUAAAAACUCUUUAUAUUUUUAUGGUGGAUCCGGAUAUAACCCAAAUAUAAAACAAAGUAUUGAAAAACAACAAGAUUAUAUUUUUUAUGAUAAUGUUUCACACAUUAAUACAGAUGUAACAUAUAUCGAUUUUAUUUUAUCUUAUUUAAUUUUUAAUGAUACUUUCUUUUUCAAAUAUAUUCAAAAUGUACAGUUAGAAAUGUUACCAUUCAUCAAGUCGCUUGAAAAAAAUCUUCACAAUCAUAUGAAUGAUCAAGAGAAAACUAUUACACAGGAAAAUAUUAUAAAUCAAAUAUGUGUAAAUAUUCAAAAGAUUCAAGAAAAAUUAAAUAACAUUUAUAUGAAUAAUAUACAAAGCGAUACAAAAAAGAAUAAUAUGAAUGAUCAUCAUGAUUUGAAUAAUGUAAUCAAACAACUAUAUAAUUGUAAUAAUACUGAUAAUCAUAAUAAAGACAAUUUGGAAAAUAAACAUAUGAACAUGUCAGAAAAAGAUAUAUUAGAAAAGGUAUUUUUUUAUACGCAAAGUAAAAAAAGUUAUGAACUGUUAAGGUUUUUAUUUGAUUUAUAUAAAAAUAUAUAUAUAAAACACCUGAACGGUCAGGACAAAGAAAUGGUUUCCACGGAAUUGCUUAAAAAUAUGGGAAUAGAAGAAAAUAUUGUUCCAUCAAAUGAUAUGACUGAUAAUAAUUAUAGUGAGAAGAAUAUAAAAGAUGAAUCGAAAGGGAAUUUUACAAAUAGUUUUAAUAACAAAAUAAGUUAUACCAUAUUAUCAAAUAUGAAAGAGAAAGAAAAAAAGGAAAGAAAAAUUUCUUGUGAAAUAUUAUCUAAUGGAAAUAAUAUAAAUAAACAUAAUAUGAAUCAAAAUAAUUAUGAAGGAAUACAAAAAAUGAGCAAUAUAGAAAUGGAAGAUAAACCAUUAAAAUAUUUUAGUAGUGAUAUUUAUAAAAAUGAAGAGACAAGAAAAAUAUUAGUGGAACUAGUAAAAUCAUAUAAUGAAGAAAAAGAUGAAUAUAUGAGAAAUGAUAAAAAAAUCCCCUAUUAUAAUUUUAUGAAUAAUUAUAUUAAUCCUAUUCAAAAUGAUAAUAUUGGUUUUAAUGAAAAAAGGGAAGAAAAAAUAAAUAAAGAUAUAUUAGACACUAACAUUGCUAUAAUAGUUAAUAAGCUUAAAAAUGAUUAUAUUAAUUUUAAAGACGACAUUAUAGAUAAUUAUUAUAUUAAUGAUGAUAUUAAUGAUGAUGAUGAUAUUAAUAAUAAUGAUCAUGUAAAUAAUAAUGAUGAUAUUAAUAAUAAUGAUCAUGUAAAUAAUAAUGAUCAUGUAAAUAAUAAUGAUCAUAUUAAUAAUAAUGAUCAUAUUAAUAAUAAUGAUCAUAUUAAUAAUAAUGAUCAUAUGAAUGAUAGUCAUAAUAUUUAUGAUAUUUAUAAUUCUGAUUCUUUCAAAAAAACAUCAGGAACCUAUGUAGAUGACGAAAUGUUGGAUUCUGAAAGAAAUGUAACUAACCAUUUAGAUCUAGAGAAUUAUAAAUAUAAUGGUAUUUAUUCUGUGGAUGAUAAUGAGGAGUGUUGUACAAAUAAAAAUAAUCUUACAUCUUCUUAUGAUAGCACCAAUAUAGAGAAUCAAAGGAUUCCUAUGGACAAAAAAUUACAAAUAAAAAAUAUUUUUUUGAAGAAAAGUAAGGAUGAUGAUGUUAAUAAUAUAUAUGAUAAUAAAAAUUAUGAUGAUGACAAUGAAGAUAAUAAUAAGGGUGACAAUAUGGAUAAUGUUAAUAAAAAUAAUGACAUAUAUAAUGACAAAUAUAAUGAAAUAUAUAAUGACAUAUAUAAUGACAAAUAUAAUGACAUAUAUAAUGACAUAUAUCAUGACAAACAUAAGGAUAACCUUUUUGAUAACUCUCCUAUAAAUUCUCAAUCAACCAUUGAACAUUUACAAAUUCAUAAUCAUUUAGAAAAAUUUGAUAAAUUAAUUAAUGAAAGAUAUUUAAAAGAUAUGGAUUUAAAAAAAAAUAAUAUAUAUAAAAUGAUAUAUACAUAUUCUAAGGAUGUAGAAAAUCAAAAUAAAAUAAUUCUUCAAAAAAUUGAAGAAUUACAAAAUAUAGCUAAUAAUUUUACAGACUUAAAUAAAAGAAAAAUGUAUUUUACAAAUAAAAAUAAUUAUGAUUUACAAUUAAGGAAUACAAAAGAUGAUCUAUCAUGUUAUUCUUUUAAUAUAGUAAACUUUGAGAAUUUAAAAGCAAAUUAUAUAUCUCUAAAACAAAAAUUAAAUUAUUUUAAUGAUAUCAUAAAUAUAUACUCAAAAAAAAUACAUGAACAAAAUGUAUAUAUAAAAAUUAUACAAGACAAAUAUGAAUAUUUAAUGAAUUAUUUGAUAAAAUUAAAAUCGACUAUACACAAUGAUGGUAUUAGUGAUGAUAUUUUCAAUUUUUUUUGUGACGACGAUUUUUUUAACCACGAAAAAUAA